AUGGCUUAUUCGCAUGAACAUCGACGUCAACGACGAUAUCGCCAUUCGCCAUCAUCUUCACAAAGUGUCAUGUCAUCGCGAGAUGAUGAAGAGCUCGAACAAGAUAUUAUCGAACGAGCUUUAGAAAUUGAAAGAAAACGAGAAAAAAGUUUACGCCGACAAUUUGAAUAUAUUGUUCAUAACGUUAAAAAAUUAGAAAGACGCCGAUAUCAACGUCAUCGUACACGAUCGCCAACAUAUUAUGAUAGUUCAAGUGGCCCGUCUUAUCGAAAAAGUUCACAUUCUUAUCGAAAUUCGUCAUCCGAACGUUAUUACGAAUCGAGUUAUUCGCGAUCAGCAUCAACAUCCAGACAGACGAUUCCAUGUCAAGUGACAAUGGUUUAUCGGGGCAUAGGAAGUGAAAGACAUGGUGAUGAAAUUAUGGUCUUACAGGAAAAUAUCAUUGUUUUCAAAGGAUUCCUCCGUUCCGAGGAACCAUUUAAGUUUAAAUUUCAGCGGCGUCAUCGACAAUUGUUUGUUAGGCUGGAAUUUUUUAUUAAUGAACUGUUUGAAUGUCGACUAUCAAUCGACUGUGAAAGAAAACAAGUCGAUGAAGAAAACGAACUCUUUCAAUUACAACAUCUUGAACCGUUAAAACGUCAUCAAAGACGUGACGAAGAUGAUGAUCGAGAACGAGAUGUCAAAAAACCAGUAAGAAAAGAAAUACCUUCAAGCACUCGACAACCAUUAGUGAAUGGCGAUAGAAGUCCAACCGUUGAUAAUGAACGAGAUCGCCAUAAACCUUCAUCGAAUCAAACACCAGGAGAACAAAAGAGAACAACACGGGAAAAUUCGUAUACAAAACAACAGUCUCGACGUAGCCCCAGUCCACCAAAAUCAUCCUCAAAAAGAUCCAAUGGAUCAGCAACUCAGUCCAAUGCAUCCAACUCAAAACCAUUAACCAGUCCUGCAAAAAAACCCAUACUUCCCAAAGCAACUAGUUCAGAUGACGAUAAUGUCAAAACACCAGUGAGAACCACUCCAACCAAACCAAGUUAUGGCCCUCCACAAUUAUCAACAUUUGCUCGUUCUGGUUCGGAAUCAAAUUCCGAAGAAUUGCCUAAUUCUACUCUACAAAACAACGAGAAAAAACCUCCGACAACAGAAUCACCCAAACCAUCGGAAUCUUCCCCAGAAAAGAAAGAUGAAAAAGUAGAUGACGACGACGACGAAGAAGAAGAAGAAGAAGGCAGCAGCGGUGGUCGUGGUGGUGCAGGUUUUGGCAGUUUUCUCCAGUUAUUACAAGCUGUGUCCGGCGGUGCUAUUCGUGUUCCAUCAACCAAUGAUGAUGGAGACGGUGUGCAGGGAUUACUCGCUCGAUUAGGAAUUAUAAACCAAACAAGUUCUCGAAAUAAACUAGCGAAUUUGACUCCUCGACAAGAAGGAAAUGUUGAAAAUUACCUUCUUGUUUACUUGGAUUCGUCGCCACCGGAUGAUCCCAUUGCUCAGCGACUUCGUGGUCUGAUAAAUUAUUUCAAAGUGUUCGAUGAUCCAGAUGAUUGCGUCGCAUUCAUUAAUACAAUCAUCAAUGAGAAGGUGAUAUUCAUCGUCACGGAUGCGCUCGGAGAUCCUGUUGUAUCACGCAUUCAAGACCUCCAGCAACUAUUUGCUAUCUAUGUUUUGUGUCAAACAGAAGAACAAGCAGACAAUUGGUCAACGAAUCAACCGAAAAUUCGUGGAAUUUACACGGAUAUCAAUGAAAUUCUUGUCAAAGUGAGAGACGAUAUCGAAGCUGAUGAAAAUAGUUCGUUAGCAUUUACACACGCAUUACCAACAACUAAUGUAAAACAAGAACCAUAUUUUGUCAUCAAUCAAAUCAUUAAAGAAAUCAUUCUCGAUUCCGACGAAAUGACUGAAGCCAAAAAUGAGCUUCUUCAUUUCUGCCGGACAGAAUAUAAAGAUAAUCCUGAACAAUUAGCUUUCAUCGAACAAUUCGAAACGAAUUAUCAAAAAGAAGAUGUUCUGCAAUUCUUUCAACAACAACAACAUUUUCUAUACAAAGUUAGNUAA